AUGGCACAGACAACCGUCUUCCAUAACGGGAGAAUUUUCAGUCCAAGCCAAGCACGGAACGACAAUGAGUUUCUGAGAAGCUUUGUGGUCUCGGGAGGAACGAUUACGCAUGUCGGAUAUGAGAGUGACAAUGCCAUCCAGACAGCAAAGGGAGAAGGCGCGGAGGUAAUUGACCUGCAUAAUCGGGUGGUGGUGCCUGGGUUCAUCGAUGGGCACACACAUUUUCUUCUCUUCGGACUAGCUCUCCAAAAGCUCGAUUUAAGUGAUUGCAAAACCUUUGCGGCCAUUGAAAGUGCCCUCGUCAACUACGUCAAAGCAAAUCCGGAGCUGCCACGAGUUCUUUGCCGAGGCUGGCAUCAGCCUUCAACCAACGGCAUGGCACUGGCGGGUAUGAUCGAUCACAUUGAUACUCGUCCUAUAUUUAUCGAAGCUCUAGAUCUCCAUUCCACGUGGUGCAAUACGGCCGCGUUGAAUGAACUGGGAGUUGGUUCGAUGACUGAUCCAGCAGGUGGUACAAUUCAUCGGGAUAAAGGUGGACGGCCCUCAGGUCUCUUGGAUGAAGCUGCGCAGACAGGAAUUGUCUGGCCGCAUCUGAUGAGUGUCUGUACGGUGGAGGAUCGACUGGUAGCUUUGGAUAAUGCUUUGACCACCUACCUUCAAUCGGGCUAUACGGGAAUAGUCGAUAUGGCCAUGGAUAACGAUUCAUGGGAGGCCUUGAAGUUGCUGAGAGCAAAGCAGAGUGUUCCGAUCCAUGUGGCGGCGCAUUGGUACAUCCCAUUCACCGAGGAGGAAUCGGAUCUAUCCAAGCACAUAGAAGAAGCCAUUGCGAAGCAUCAAGAGUUCCAUCCAUCGGUCUCACCAGAUUUCUGCGUGAUUGGAAUUAAAUUGAUUUCAGAUGGUGUCGUCGACGGCUGUACAGCAGCUCUGAGCCAUGCAUACAGUCAAGAUGAGGGUGAUGUGGCUGUGAAUCCGAUCUGGCCUGCGGAGGCUAUGAACACAGUGGUGAAAAGGGCUGCCGAUGCGGGUCUUCAAGUAGCAAUCCAUGCGGUCGGUGAUGUUGCCAUCACACAAGCUAUCAAUAGCAUUGCUGCCGCCAACAGCCCGCAUGGUCGACAUCGGAUUGAGCACCUCGAGCUAACCUCGGUGGAGGAUGCAAAGCGAUUGGGCCAACUUGGAAUCACCGCGUCCAUCCAGCCUGUUCACUCCGAUCCAGCUCUUACUAAAGCGUAUCCCCGGAUUUUGAAGCCUCAUCUAUGGGAACGAGCAUUCCCAUAUCGAGAGUUUGUCGAUGGGAACACCUGCGUUGCCAUUGGGACUGACUCCCCGACAGCAAGGCAUCUGCCCUUGCCCAACUUGUACAAUGCCACGGUCCGGAGAUCGGCCCUCGAGCCAGAAUCUAACCAGAUCAUCAACCCUCACAAUGGGCUUACUCUGCUCCAGGCACUUACUGCAGCGACCUCAGGGGCAGCUUAUUCACGUUUUGCUGAGGGUUGGGUAGGGAGUAUUGCUCCAAACCAUCGGGCGGACUUUGUUGUGCUAGAUACUGAAUGGACCCCAGAGACAUUGCUGGAAGCGACAAUCCAUCAGAGCUGGGCUAACGGAAAGAAAGUAUUUCAGAGUUGA